ACACACACACACACACACACACACACACACACACACACCACAACACCACAACAAGGCAGCAGCAGCUGGACCGGAGGAUCCGCUAUCUGUUUGACUUUGGACAGGAGGGAUGAACUGAUCGCCUGGUUUGAUCGGCUAAUCGAUACUGGAUACGAUAGGAUAUCAGGAUAGAUCAUCGAUCAUGGAACAUGAUGCCGCAUCAGAGAUGUUGAACGAUAGUAGUUAGCUGGUUAGCCUAGCCGCUGUGCUUCAGCUAGCGAGCUAACCUGACAUCUCCUCCCGAGACCAGCCUUUAAUACUACAUCACCUGUCCAUUAUCGAUCCCGUCAGGAUCGACCCGGAGUCCGUCCUGAUCGAUCCGGAGCGCUGGAGAGAACCCGACAUGUUGGCUGACUGACGGCAUCGGCACAAAGGAACCAAAGCUAGCGUCGCAGCUAACGGCUACAUGGAAGCUCAUUGUGUUGGAGAAUGGGAAAGCAUUCCGUUACUUUAGUUAACCAGGAACUAGUCGGUACCCUCUAGUUAGUAAUAGACCAGGCACUAGUCCGUACCCUCUAGUUAGUAAAAGACCAGGAACUAGUCGGUACCCUCUAGUUAAUAACAGACCAGGAACUAGUCGGUACCCUCUAGUUAAUAACAGACCAGGAACUAGUCGGUACCCUCUAGUUAAUAACAGACCAGGAACUAGUCUGGACCCUCUAGUUAGUAACAACAGUAACUAGUCCAGACACUAGCUAGAAACAGACCAGGAACUAGUCGGUGCCGGGUACCCUCUAGUUGAUAACAUACCAGGAACUAGUCGUGACCCUCUAGUUAGUAACAGACCAGACCUCGGCUCUGUCUAUUUUCUGGAGAGCUGUGGUGAUGGACGGCUAAGGAGUGUGAGCCGGUUUGCGUUGGUCUGUUGUCGGGUCCGUACUGGGUCAUGGCCGGCAAACCCAGUAGAACCAUGAACCCAUGGCUGUGUUUCCACCUCCUCUUAGUUACUGGUUGUCUUGCUGAUCCCCAAAGGAGCGACAACGUCUAUGUGUCCGGAAUCUCCAAUGCAUGUGGUGACGUAGCGGAGCUGGUGCGGGCGUCCAGUGGCGUGAUCACCAGCCCCGGCUGGCCCUUCCAGUACCCCUCCACCCUCAACUGCAGCUGGAACAUCAGGGGCAAGCCUGGUGACAUCAUCACCCUCAGCUUCCAGGACUUUGAGCUGCAGGGCUCGCAGCACUGCGCUCUGGACUGGCUGUCCAUCGGCAGCUACCGGAGCCUGGAGGGCUACCGGGCCUGUGGCUCAGCACUGCCUGCCCCCUACAUCUCCACCCAGGACCACGUCUGGCUGCACUUCCACUCGGACCGCGCGCAGGCCGCCAAGGGCUUCAGGCUGUCCUACAUCACCGGCCGUGCGGAGGCGGCGGGCUGCGAGCCGGGCCAGUUCCACUGCUCCAACGGGAAGUGCGUGCCGGAGAGCUGGCGCUGCAACAACAUGGACGAGUGCGGCGACCGGUCGGACGAGGAGCGCUGCGGCCCGCCCGCCGCCGCCGCCGCCGCCUUCUCCUUCCAGCCCUGCGCCUUCAACCAGUUCCCCUGCCUGUCCCGCUACACCCGCGUCUACACCUGCCUGCCCCACGCACUCAAGUGCGACGGCAGCAUCGACUGCCAGGACCUGGGGGAUGAGAUCGACUGCGACGUCCCGACGUGUGGAGAGCACCUGAAGAACUUCUACGGCUCCUUCAACUCGCCCAACUACCCGGACUUCUACCCGCCCGGCAGCAACUGCACCUGGAUCAUCGACACCGGGGACACCAGGAAGGUGGUGCUGCGCUUCACCGACCUGAAGCUGGACGGGACGGGCUACGGCGACUACGUGAAGGUGUACGACGGGCUGACGGAGGCGCCGCGCCGCCUGCUGCGCGUCCUCACCGCCUUCGACUCGCGGGCGCCCGUCGUCGUGGUUUCCACCUCCGGGCGCCUCCGGGUGCACUUCUACGCCGACAAGAUCAACGCCGCCCGGGGCUUCAACGCAACCUACCAGGUGGAGGGCUUCUGCCUGCCCUGGGAGGUGCCGUGCGGGGGCGACUGGGGCUGCUACUCGGAGGCCCAGCGCUGCGACGGCUACUGGCACUGCCCCAACGGGCGGGACGAGCUCAACUGCUCGUCGUGCCAGGAGGAGGAGUUCCCCUGCUCCCGCCACGGGGCCUGCUACCCCCGCUCGGACCGCUGCAACUACCAGAACCGCUGCCCCAACGGCUCCGACGAGAAGAACUGCUACUUCUGCCAGCCGGGGAACUUCCACUGCAAGAACAACCGCUGUGUGUUUGAGUCGUGGGUGUGCGACGCCCAGGACGACUGUGGGGACGGCAGUGACGAGGAGAGCUGCCCGGUGGUGGUCCCCACGCGGGUCAUCACGGCCGCCGUCAUCGGCAGCCUGGUCUGCGGCCUGCUGCUGGUCAUCGCCCUGGGCUGCACCUGCAAGCUGUACUCGCUGCGCAUGUUCGAACGCAGGUCGUUUGAAACGCAGCUGUCCCGCGUGGAGGCGGAGCUACUGAGGAGGGAGGCCCCUCCCUCCUACGGUCAGCUGAUCGCCCAGGGCCUCAUCCCCCCCGUGGAGGACUUCCCCGUCUGCUCUGGGAGCCAGGCGUCGGUGCUGGAGAACCUGCGUCUGGCGGUGCGCUCCCAGCUGGGCUUCACCUCGCUGCGCCUCCCGUCCACCGGUCGCCACGGCAGCCUGUGGCGGGGGCUCUUCUGGUCGUCGCGCUCGCGGCGCUCCGGCUCGCUGCCCCUGGUGUCGGCCGACCCCCCCCACCCCCCGCAGGAGGGGGGCGGGGCCCGCGCCGAGGAGCCCUCCCCCCCCUCCCCCGCCGGGGCCGAGGGCGGAGCUCUCUCCCUGCUGCCCCGCAAGGCCCCUCCCCCCGGCGCCGUGGAGGCGGUGGUCUCCGUGGUGACGGAGCCCGCCCCCCCGCCCCUGCCCCAGCCCCCGCCGGCCCCCCCGGCGCCCGGCCGCUCCACCCUGGGCCGGCUGGCCCGCGGGCUCCGCCUCCUGUCGCUGCUCCUCCCGCGGCGCGGCGGCGGCCUCCGGCAGCAGGAGGCGCAGGACGAGGAGGAGGAGGACGAGGAGGACGUGGAGCUGCUCAUCCCCGACUCCUCCCCCUCCGCCCUGGCCUCGGGCCGCGCCCUCCGCCAUCACCGCGGCGGCGGAGACGACUACUACGGUGAGGGCUACCACGGUGAGGGUUACCACGGCGACGGGCCGUGCGAACACUGCGGGAUGGUGCACACCGCCCAGAUCCCCGCCGCCUGCCUGGAGGGCGGCGGCGGCGGUGGCGGCGGGAAGACGGAGAGCAGCGACGACGAGCUGCUGCUGCUCUGCUAACGCUAGCCGCUAACGCUACCGCUAACGAGAACCCCCACUGCCGAACAGGACGCUCAACAGGAUGCUAAUCGCUAACUAGGAUGCUAACCGCUAACAAAAACGCUUACCAGGAUGCUAACGCUUACCAGGAAAAUAACAAUGACAAGAUGCUAACGCUAACCAGGACGCUAACCACUACCGCUAACCUGGACCGCUAACCAGGACACUAAAACGCUAAACGCUAAACAGGAUGUUAAUCAGGACGUUCCCCGCUAGACAGGCUAAUACCGGCGUGCUAACCAGGACGCUAACCAAGCUAACAGAACCUGUCACCUGACGGCUAGGUGAAUUCUCAAAUUGGGCUGGAGGUCAGGGGUCACUGGACAUUAUCACAGCUCUGACAACGUGGACCACACGUUGUUAUUUUCUACUGACUACGGGGACCAAUAGGAGGGCCUAAUGUCUAAGACACGCCCCCUCUUCUCUAAGACUCGCUCAGUAUUCUAGGUUGAACCAAUGGAAGAGGUCCUACUCUAUAGGACACGCCCCCUGAAACCAGGAACUGACCCAUAACAAGAAUACAGCAUUGUGGUGCUGCGGGUGGUGUUACGGCAGAGUGGGUGGUUUUGGUACGGGUGGUGCUGCGAUACAGUGGGUGGUGUUGGUACGGUUGGAGCAGUGGGUGGUGUUACGGUACAGUGGGUGGUGUUACGGUACAGAGGGUGGUGUUGGAAAGGGAAGUCUGGGGCCCCCUGCUUGAGCUGCUCCCCCCGCGACCCGACCCCGGAUAAGCGGAUGAAGAUGAGAUGAGAUGAUGGGUGGUGUUGGUACGGUUGGAGCAGUGGGUGGGGUUACGGUACAGUGGGUGGUGUUGCGAUACAGUGGACGGUGUUGGUACGGGCGGUGCUGCGAUACAGUGGGUGGUGUUACGGUACAGUGGGUGGUGUUAAGGUACAGUGAUGGUGUUACGGUACAGUGGGUGGUGUUACGGUACAGUGGGUGGUGUCGACGCGGGCGGUGUCACCGCGGUUGGUGCUUCGGCUGGAAUUGGUACGAUGGGUGGUGCUUCGGGUGGAAUCGGUACGGGUGGUGGUGUUUGGUACGGGUGGAGCAGCGGGUGCUGUUGGUACGGUGGGUGCUGUUGGUACGGUGGGUGGUGUUUGGUACGGGUGGAGCAGCGGGUGCUGUCGGUACGGUGGGUGGCGCUUCGGGUGGAUUCGGUACGAUGGGUGGUGUUUGGUACGGGUGGAGUACCAGGGGCGGUUCCUGGAGCAUGCAGGUGAAUCUAUUUAUUUGUGCGGUUAGUUGUGUAUUUAUUAUGGUUUGUUGUGUAAACUGCAUGUCCCUCUUAGUGUUGUUAUGAUGUACAGUAUGAUUAAAGGUGCUGAACAAA